UCUUGUGGGCGGGCCGUUACGGCUUUGAAUAAAUAUUUGUUCCAGUCUGUCUCUUUCUUUUUUCUACGAGACGGUUGGCGAGGUAGUUGAGGUACCUGUAGGUAGAUGCUGUUUGAUGUGCUUACGUGCCACUUUCCUUUCAGACAGCGGAGGAAAGCCCCCACGUCUUGUCGGCCGCCUUUCCCGUUCCGGCACCAUGCCCGACGACGAUGAUGAUGACGCCAAGAAGAAAGGCAAAGGCAAAAAAGGAGGCUCAAAGGACAAAGGAAAGGGCAAGAAGGGUGGCUCCAAAGACAAGGGAAAAGGCAAGAAAAAAGGCUCCAAAGACAAAGGCAAGGACAAGAAGGGCGGCAAGUCACCCAAGGGCAAGAAGGGAAAGUCACCAAAGAAGGAGAAGGAGUCCGAGGGAGAGGCGUCCGCCACCGAAGAGGGAUCCGGAGGAGGGUCCGAGGGGGGAUCACCCAAGGCAGCUGAGGCCGCUGCUCCGGCUGCGGGAGCUGCACCCGGAGCCGCGGCUGCCCCCGGAGCGGUGGCCCGGGCCCGCAGCUUCUACAGCGAGCCGCAGUCCAUGUACGACGAGGGUUUUGAUGACGACUUCUACGUUGACAUCACGUGCUACCCACCACGCCGUGGCGGCGCUCCACCGAUGGGAGGAUACUACGGAGGUUCGCCGAUGGACAUGUGCUACGACCGGCCACCGCCACGUCCCAUGCAGAUGCCCAUGGGCAUGUCACCGUCCAUGUGGGGACAGCAGCCGUCUUCCAUGAUGGGCAUGAGCAUACAGAACGUAAGUCAGCAGAUGGGUCCGCAGACGACGACCCUCACGCCCGGCUCGCCGCCGAUGGCCUUUAAGACUCCGUCUACGACGGUUAUUGUGAACAUGAGCGGCGAGAGGAUUAACCGCGGUGGCUCGAGGCCUAUGUCGCCCGUUGGUGGACCGAUGAUAGGGGGAAGGGGCGCAAUGGGCGGCAUGGGCUUUAUGGGAGGCAUGGGAUCGAUGGCUGGCAUGGGGAUGGGCAUGCAGGGCAUGCCUGGAGCGCCGGCUGUUCCCGGAAACAAGUCUCCGAUCGUGAUGUCGCAGCCGAUUACCAACACGGGACUGACGCCACAGAUGCAGCAGCUGCUGCUGCGAGGGAUGCCUGGCUACACGGCUACGGUGGUGCUCAUUUUGGUUCCAAAUCCCUGAAGA